UUUUUUAAAUUGUGAGCGCGUUACACAACAUCUCGAGGUCUGUUCUUUUCAAUUGAACCUUUUACAUGUGCAAAGCUAAAAGAACGGACUUCGAGACCGUUGAGCAAGCGCGCUGAGCCGGCCUACACGCGCGCUAUCUCCCUAUCAUUUGUUUUCCGAUGUUAGCGGAAUUUUAGUGCAGAUUGUUUUACGAUACGUAAAGGUGUUGUUGGUGUUGCGUGUGUUGUGUUGCUUCCCAUUGUUCCCAUUUAGCAAGAACGGUUGUUGCGAAGAUAAAGUUGGACAGUCAUAUCUUUAUCUCGACGCUAGAAGAGGUGCAAAAGGUUUCGAAGAAAAUUCAGCUUAUGAAACGGAACAAGAACUUGGGAAAGGGAAAAGAAAGCGAUUUUCUAAAGUCAUACAAAGUGAUAGUGAUUCAGAUCCUGAAACUCGAAAGAAGAGCAAAUUUCCUGCACCUCCGAAAGUUCCGUUUACAUCUCAGAUCACAAAAGCCAGUGUAAAAGAUUUUGUUUUUGAUUGCAAUCGGAAGCCUGUUCCCGAUUCUGAUAAUGUACAAAAAAAUCUAAGGGACCAACCUUUAAUUAAUAAAAAGAAUCUGACGUCUUCUACUAAUUUCAUUGAUGUGGAUAAGAUAUCUACUCAACAAGACUUUUCUUCAAAGAACGUAAUAUCAACUGAUAAUGCUAAAGUUAAGAAUUUAGCUGUAUUUGAAAAAGUUAAAUCUAAACUUGAUACAAGAAAAGAAAGAAGUGAUAACAAACAAAAAAAGUCUUCGUCUUAUAGUAAUUUUCAAGAGGUUUCAAAUUAUUUUGAAGAGACCAACGUGAGGCAUUUUUCUUCUACAAAUAUUCCGAAACAAGUUUGCUCUUCUGAGAAAUCUAUUAUAGCAGAGACUUCUCCUUUUAAAAUAUCAGUAGAAAAGGAAAUGCAAGAUACAAGAAAGAGGCAAAAUAAUGUUUCAAUCAUACAACAAUCUUAUUCUAGUAACUCAUCUGAAUUGGCAGAAGAGUUUGAUGCAGAUUCAAUACAAACGAAGAAAUUCCAGCAAAGAUUUGAUUCAGAAGGAACUUCUGACUGAUUCUCCCAAAAACUUAAUGUCUACGGAGUCAUCUAACACAGAAUUAAACUCAGAUUGUACUACAGAAGUUGUAAGAAAAAGAAAAGAGUACAAAAAAACUUCACUUCCAUCUUUAGAAAGACAUUCUGUGAAUUUAGAUUUUGACCAAGAUAUAAAAACAAUUCUAAACAAUAUAUAUCUUAGAAUGGACGAAAUCAGCAGCAAGCUUGAUGUAUCAAUAAUAAAUCAAACAAAAUUAAUGACUUUCCUUUUGCCUCAUGAGAAAAAAAUAAAUAGACCCAAUAAUUUACCUGCCUUACCUCUACAAUCUAUAAAUGAUCUUCGAAAAUUUGAGAAAUACUUGAGAGAGACAGAAAAUAUGUCAGCUACGAUUAAAUAUAUUAGUUUUUAUGGAAGUGAUCCAGAUGAAACAAAAGCAACGAUGAAUGUGAUGAAAAAAUUAAUGUACAACUGUUUGGCAAAAAACAUAAAUUUUAAAGGUCUUGAUCCCAAUUCAUCAAAAAUUCCUCUUGAACAAUGUCAUAUGUGGGAUCUAAUUCAAGGUGCUGUGAUGUGUAAUAAAAAAGAAAAUUGUUACAUUAAUAAACUGAAGAGAGCAUGUCAAAAUUGGUUGAAGCAAGCUCCACAUCGGAAGCAAGAAAUUGCAUAUAUUCCUGUUAAGACUCCUGACGCCUCACCGAGAACUCCGUAUUGACGGUAGUAACGUUCCGUCGCGGACAAAAUUAGAGCUAUAGUAGAAACGUGACAGAUUGACGACGAAAUGUUGUGUAUGUCAUUCCAUUAUUAUAUAUUCCAUUGUGAAAAUUUGACUUAUCUCAUAUUUACCAAAUUUGUAAGAAUGGACCGCAAGUAAAGUUUCUUUGAAGUAAUACA